CUCUUGGGUUGGGUCCGAUUUUAAUAAGUGCUCAAUGAAUUUAAGUAGUGUGUACAUACAUACAUAUUAUUUAUUAAAUAUGUUUUUUAACCUUAUCUGAUGGUCUUGAUGAUGAUGACGAUGUGAAAUGAAAUAGCCUCCGAUAGCUCACUAAUAGUUGGCUUGCAAUGCAACUAUAAUUAGAUUCGUUAAAAUUGAUUUAAUGGAAACUUUACCAGAAAUAUGCAUGCAGGAUGAAGCAUGAAAUGCAUAUGAGUAGAGACUCUCAGAAAUUCUGAGUCAGGAUUUCUGAUUGGUGCGCCCCUUGCAUCAUUUCAUCAAACUCUGCCCUGCCACGCAGCCACGUCAUCCAUUUUUAUAGUCGAGCUGCAACGGACGGACUUCAAGGUUAGUGUUCCUCAAAUUUGGAAAAUUUGACAACCCAAGGUCCGAAGUAUUACGUCUAUUAUGGAAAGAAAUUUGUCCGUGAAGGAUGAGCCGGAUAGUCCUAAUGCAGCCAUCACGGAUUCCUUGGAUGACUUUGAAGACGGGUGUCCUCCCAACAAACUUGUCUGCGUUGACUCUGGAAACUACCCAAUUUUGAGGGGUCAAGACAAGAGGAAGCGACUACGAAAAGAGUGCUUGGAAGCUGUCAAAGCAGAAAAUCAGUUUUUCGACGACUGCCAGAAGGAUGGAUUGGCUGAAGGAAACCUCAAGGGCAAACGAAAGUCGGCAAGAAAACCAAGUUUGGUGGCGACUAAGCCCGUGACACUAACACGCCGCAAAUCGGCACUUCGGGCGGCUCGACGAAUUCGAGCAAUCGCUGAAGCAGAAGAAGAUGAGCCAAGUUUCGUGCCAUGCAAUCUGCCACGACAACGGCCCGCUUUUGAAGUCAGUCCUGUCAACUUUGAAGCCAACGGCAUUCUCGGAAAUGGGAAGGGUACUGUUUAUCCCAAGUAUGAACUUGCUUCGCAGUACAACUUCAUCAUUCCCGAGCCGCACAGGUUCAAGAAUGCUCCGUGGAAGCAAAGCCCAAUUGAAGGAAGGGUUGGAACCAACCGUUUUAUCUGUGGCGGCGUCGGUGAACUUGGGAGCAGAUUUGGACCUGAAAGCCAUUGCUGAUGCAUGUGUGAAUUUGAGCUAUAAUCCCGAGUCAUUCGCACCCUUGGUCAUGCGUCUCAAAGAUCCAAUCGCCACGGCGAUGGUCCACCGAGGUGGCCGGAUGACCGUGGCUGGAGCCAAAUCAGUGGAGGAUUGUAAGAUAGCGGUGAGAAAGUUCACAGCGAUGGUUCGGUCGGUGGGAUUCAAUGUGAGACCAUUUGGAAUGUUGAUUAAAAACAUCUCUGCCACCUUCAGUGUUGGCUUCAAGAUUAGGUUGAGAGACCUCUCCAAGAAUCGAAUGCUCACCCCACAAAUAACGUAUGAGCCUGACUCGUUUACCGGAGUUUCGAUGGCUUUGCCAUUUCCGAAAGCUAAUGUGAUGGUGUUUCGGACUGGAAGCGGGAUGAUACAAGGAGUUACCACUUUCAAGGAUCUCGAUAAGGUCUUCAAGAUUAUUUAUCCCCACUUUAAGAUGUAUGCAAUGUGAGAAGGGCAGGAUCGUAAGAAACUAUUUGGCACUCGAAUUCAGUAUCGUCUUCAACUUUGGAAACUUUUUCAUUCGUAAACGAGAAUCAAAUUCACAUCAAAUUAAAAAUAAUUUAAAUUUCAUGUUAUUUGAUUUAAAUAUAUUGUUACUAGUUGAUAGAAACUUACAUACCAAUUCUAACCAAUAGUAAGAAUUAAAUAUGCACUUAUCUUAUUUAUUACAUUGUUGCAUAUAAAGUAUAUGAAAUUAAUAAAGCGAUAAUAAAAUUGAGACAAUUAUAUCUUAAGAAGUAUUUAAUUUGUAAGAUCUAAAACACGGAAUUACAAAGGUGAUGAUGAUUUGAAUCCGAAUUGUGACAACUUUCACUACCGUCUUUGUUAAAAUAUCUCGUUAGAAGGUUCCGUUUUUGGAUUUUUAGAAGAAUAAGUGUGGAU